AUGUUUAUCUCUGAAUACAAAGAAGAUGAAUUGAGACAGAUGAGUGUUGUCGAGUUGAAACGACUCAUAUUGGCUGCAGGUGGAAAGGUUAAUGGUUGCUUUGAAAAAGAGGCUUUAGUUGAGACUGCAAUGAAGCUAAAACAAAUAGUACCUGGUGCAGCACAAAACAAUCAAACAGAAUCGUCACCUUUGUCAAAUGGUACAGAACCGAUCAAAUGUUACUAUGAAGCACUGGGUGUCAGUAAAACAGCAACUCCUUCCGAAAUUAGAAGAGCAUAUUGUAGAUUGGUAAUUAAAUUUCAUCCUGAUAAGAAUAGAUAUGAUCAACAAUAUGCAGAGGAGAUGUUUAAGAGAAUUGGUCAGGCAUAUCAUGUGUUGUCAGAUCCAAACAUGAGAAAGCAAUACGAUCAGUUUGGAUUCGAUGGUUUGAAUGGUAAUAUGAUUGAUCCAAUCGAGUUGUUCAGAUUGGUAUUCGGAGGUGAUCGAUUCCUCGAUUUCUUUGGUGAUCUAGCAUUCUACGAGUUGUUUGCACGUGAAGAGACACAGACCGACUCAUCACAAAACAAACGACCAACACCCGAAGAAUUGGAAAGGAAACAACGUAUAAGAGUCGAUAAACUUUGCAAACAACUCAUUAAACUCAUUGAACAAUAUACACCAGAUAACAAAAAGGAAUUCAUUGAAAUGGAAGCAAAACAACAUACAUCUACAUUUGGUUUCGUUCAUGAGAUUUCAGAGAAGACUCAUAGAAUGGGAGAGACGCUCUCUGUGGUGAUGACCGCUUUAAAGUAUCAGAAUCGGUUCGAUACAAUCGAUGAGAAUACACGAUCAUCCGAUAUUUUUCUAAAGGAAAGUCUAAAGAUUCUUUUUAAGGUGGGUCGACUCGAUAUCGAUAGUACUGUGCGUGAAGUCUGUGAGCAAGUUAUGAACAAGAAGAAGGUAGAGUCGAAAGAGAGAAAGCUCAGAGGCGAGGCAAUCAAGCUGAUCGGUCAAAUUUUCGAAAAGAAAGGAAGUGAGUCAAAGAGUAUCAGUCCCGAAGAUAUUUUCUAUUUAUCAACGCCACCACAAUCAUCAUCACAUACAUCAACAUCAACAACAACUUCAACCACUUCAAAGAAAUCAACAAACUUUACAAAUUAUCAAAUUACAGUGAAAUUUAGAAUUGAUAUAUACUUAAUCGAUUUAAUUAUCUAUAAUCAAUCACUAACAGGAUUUACAAACUGUAAUAGUUUAAAUGUAAUUUCAAUUCAAGUUAUAGACGGACAAAUCUUUGGCACAGUUUAUACCAAGACUUUGAAAGAUAACUCAAAUACAGUGAUUAGUGGAAUUAUUAGAGCUGAAUUCGCUCCAGAUUACAACACACCAAAACAAAAGAACUUUAUUGUUCAAACGAAUGAUUAUAGACUUCUUGGAUUUCGAUCAGCCGACAAUACCAAUCCGUUGAGUAACGAUUCGAUAACCAGUUCAUUGUUUCCAAUUGUAAAUGGACCAGAAGACUGUUCCUCUCAAGCCAUUGCCGUAUUUUUAUCAUCACCAAAUAUCUACACUCGUUCAUCUUCAUCGAAAAUAUGUCUUGCCCAGCAAAUAGGAAGUAAUUCAGCAUCUUCAUCGAUGGAAUCUUUUGCUUCAUGGAUGAUGAACAAUCCAGUUCUAAGAUGGCUUGACAUUGGUGGUACCUACUAUACUCUCUAUACUGUUUUUCCAGGUGGUGCCCAAUUAAUGAGCAUAUUGCUGACUCCUUGGUCCUACAACUCCAAUACACAAAUGUAUAAUGCAAACUCUCUUCAAACAGUACAGAGACAGACUACAUUCCCAGGAAAUGAAGAUAUCGGUUUUAUGGUCUAUGACAGGCAACAAAACUUUCUUUAUAUAUCAGCUCGUGGAAAGGUUGUCCAAUAUUCAACUACUGGAUUCUCGGUCCUUAAUAGUUACACACUUGUGAAAACAUCGUCAAUGACAGCAGUAGCUUCCAAUUUUUACCUAUACACCUGUACCACCGAUAGCAAUGGAGCAUACAUCGAAAGAAUCAAUUGUGUUACCAAUCAACACGAUGUUUUCAACCUGACAAGCGAUGCAAGCCUCUGUUUAAAUAUGAACUUUGACACCAGUUACGCUCAACUAUUCAUCUCGAUUGCAGAUAAACAAUCAAAGUUGGCAUUGGCUACCAUUACCAACACAGGAAUAAACCCCAGUGUUGUAAAAAUCUCAGAUGAACAAAUUCAACCUUCAACACUUAAUUCCUACUCUUAUUCAGUUGGUCUCGAUACCGAUUUGCAUAUAGUCAGCGUUGCCUCUUCCUCAGGACAGAUUUACUCAAUGAGUUACAACAAUCUUUGUCCAAACCAAUGUUCAAAUCAUGGUCAAUGUGAUACUGGUUCUCAUUCAAUUCCUAUCAAUCCGCCCCGGCGAGUUUUAUCAAUUUCAUAA